UGGAGGUGAAGGACCGCCUGUCCCCACUCUGUAUUUUGCUGUCAAUGGCUUUCGGGACUUAUUUUAUUUGAAUGUCUGGGCGAUACAAGUGACCAAUAAUGGAUAUUCUAUGGAUAUUAUGGAUCAUACCGGCCGUAAUAGCUGUUGAAGAGACGCUCAUGGACUCGACUACAGCCACCGCGGAGCUCGGCUGGACGGUCUACCCCGUGUCAGGGUCCAGUGACAACAGCUGGGAGGAGGUGAGCGGCUAUGAUGAGAACAUGAACACCAUCCGGACGUACCAGGUCUGCAAUGUUUUCGACAACAAUCAGAACAACUGGGUACGGACAAAGUACAUCAGGCGUCGAGGCGCUCAGCGGAUCCACGUGGAGAUGAAGUUCUCAGUGAGGGACUGCAGUAGCAUCCCUAAUGUGCCGGGCUCCUGUAAAGAGACAUUUAACCUGUACUACUAUGAAUCUGACGCCGACACGGCCACGAGGAACUCUCCCGCGUGGAUGGAGAACCCGUGGAUUAAAGUGGACACCAUCGCUGCGGACGAGAGCUUCUCUCAGGUGGACCUCGGGGGCCGAGUGAUGAAAAUCAACACGGAGGUUCGGAGUUUUGGCCCCGUUUCCAAAAACGGCUUCUACUUGGCCUUCCAGGACUACGGCGGCUGCAUGUCGCUCAUCGCCGUCCGGGUGUUUUACCGGAAGUGUGCCCGCAUCAUCACCAACGGAGCGCUGUUCCAGGAGACGCUCUCGGGGGCAGAGAGCACAUCCCUGGUGGCGGCGAGAGGCGUUUGCAUCCCCAACGCCGAGGAGGUGGAUGUGCCCAUUAAGCUGUACUGCAACGGAGACGGAGAGUGGAUGGUACCCAUCGGACGCUGCAUGUGCAAGGCCGGGAACGAGGCUGUGGAGAACGGGACCGUUUGUCGAGCCUGUCCCUCGGGCUUUUUCAAACCGACACAGGGAGAUGAAGCCUGCUUGCAGUGUCCCAUCAACAGUCGCACCACCAGCGAAGGCGCCAUCAACUGCGUCUGCCGGAAUGGAUACUACCGCACCGACUCAGAUCCUCUCCAGAUGCCCUGCACAACCGUCCCAUCAGCUCCUCAGACCGUCAUCUCCAGCGUGAAUGAAACCUCCGUCAUGCUGGAGUGGACGCCUCCUCGGGAUUCGGGCGGCCGGGAGGACGUGGUCUUCAACAUCAUCUGUAAGAGCUGCGGUGGAGGUCGUGGAGGCUGCACGCGCUGUGGGGACAACGUUCAGUUUCUGCCCCGUCAGCUGGGUUUGACAGAAAACCGGGUCUACAUCAGCGACCUGCUGGCCCACACGCAGUACACGUUCGAGGUGCAGGCUGUCAACGGGGUGUCAGAUCAGAGCCCGUACUCCCCUCAGUACUCCUCAGUCAACAUUACCACUAACCAGGCUGCUCCAUCGACUGUUUCCAUAAUGCACCAGGUCAGCCGCACUGUGGACAGCAUCACCCUCUCCUGGUCCCAGCCUGACCAGCCUAAUGGAGUCAUCCUGGACUAUGAGCUGCAGUACUAUGAGAAGGACCAGCCAGAAGUGAACGCCACCGCCAUCAGGAGCCAGACCAACACGGUGGUCAUCCGCGGCCUCAAAUCAGGCAGCAUCUACGUGUUCCAGGUCCGGGCCCGCACCGUCGCCGGGUUUGGACGUUACAGCGGCAAACUGUACUUCCAGACCAUGACUGAGGAGGAAUACAACACCAGCAUUCAGGAGAAGCUUCCUCUUAUUAUUGGCUCGGCGGCUGCUGGCUUGGUCUUCCUCAUCGCUGUGGUCGUCAUCGUCAUCGUCUGUAACCGGAGGCGUGGCUUCGACAGGGCGGACUCAGAAUACACUGACAAACUGCAGCACUACACCAGCGGCCACAUGACUCCAGGAAUGAAGAUAUAUAUUGAUCCGUUCACAUAUGAGGACCCCAACGAGGCUGUGAGGGAGUUCGCUAAGGAGAUUGAUAUAUCCUGUGUGAAGAUUGAGCAGGUCAUUGGUGCAGGAGAGUUUGGAGAGGUGUGCAGCGGUAACCUGAAGCUCCCCGGUAAAAGGGAGAUGUUUGUGGCCAUUAAAACUCUAAAGUCCGGCUACACGGAAAAGCAAAGGCGGGACUUUCUCAGCGAGGCGAGCAUCAUGGGUCAGUUCGACCAUCCUAAUGUCAUCCGCCUGGAGGGCGUGGUCACCAAGAGCAGCCCGGUCAUGAUCGUCACUGAGUUCAUGGAGAACGGAUCGCUGGACUCCUUCCUCAGACAAAACGACGGGCAGUUCACCGUCAUCCAGCUGGUGGGGAUGCUGCGCGGCAUCGCCUCAGGCAUGAAAUACCUGGCCGACAUGAACUAUGUGCACCGCGACUUGGCUGCUCGCAACAUCCUGGUCAACAGCAACCUGGUGUGCAAGGUGUCCGACUUCGGCCUCUCGCGCUUCCUGGAGGAUGAUACUUCAGACCCGACAUACACCAGCGCUCUGGGAGGGAAGAUUCCUAUCCGAUGGACUGCACCCGAAGCCAUCCAGUACAGGAAGUUCACCUCGGCUAGCGAUGUGUGGAGCUACGGCAUCGUCAUGUGGGAAGUCAUGUCCUACGGAGAGCGGCCGUACUGGGACAUGACCAAUCAGGAUGUCAUCAACGCCAUAGAGCAGGACUACCGGCUGCCCCCGCCCAUGGACUGUCCCAGCGCGCUGCACCAGCUCAUGCUGGACUGCUGGCAGAAGGACCGCAACAACCGGCCCAAGUUCAGCCAGAUCGUCAACAACCUGGACAAGAUGAUCCGCAAUCCCAACACGCUGAAGGCCAUGACCCCGCUGUCUUCUGGUGUUCACCUCCCCCUCCUGGACCGCAGCAUCCCCGACUUCUCCAGCUUCAGCACCGUGGACGAGUGGCUGGACGCCAUCAAGAUGGGCCAGUACAAAGACAACUUCGCCAACGCUGACUUUUCUACAUUCGACGUGGUGUCCCAGAUGACCAUGGAUGACAUCCUGAGGGUGGGAGUGACGUUAGCGGGUCAUCAAAAGAAGAUCCUGAACAGCGUCCAGAUGAUGCGGGCACAGAUGAACCAGAUCACGUCUGUGGAGGUCUGACCCUCCGAGCACAGCAGAGGGGGGAGAUUAUAAAAAAGAAAAAAGAAAAGGCUGUUGGGGAUGCAGGGCUCUGGGUUGCGGAGGAUGGAGUGGAUGUUUUUUUUUUUUUGGCAGUUACAGUGUGUCUGGUCUUCCCUCCAGACUACCAGUCAUCCCCCCCCGCUCCCUCUCUCCUCCUCCUCCUCUUAUCCCUCCACCCUGACUCUCCCUCCAUCCUCGGGAUCAGCUGUGGGGAGUCGUGGAAGCGGAAGUCCAUAAAGCGGGGUCCCCACAGCCGGACCCACCUCUGGAGCUAGAAACACGGGAGGUUAGAAGUGACCAGCAACACAUUCUUCAAUCUUCCACCAGUUUUUCAUUUGAUGUUGGACUUUCAUUUUCAUUUUUUUCUUUUUUUGGUUUGUUUGUUCUGAUAAUUUUGUAAAGAAUUUUCUAAAGACAUAAAAAAAACGAAAAACUGAGUAAAAGGCGAGGAGUUUAUCUAAAUUUAUAGAUGAUUAUAAGGUUGUAAACUAGACGGACUGAGUAGGAAAGCUACCCUUUAAAAGGGCAAAAAAAAUACAGAAACAAGGAAGUGAAGGCCAUCCUCGACGCAAUGUGGAUAUCGUCUCGGUAUAAUUUUGCCAGGUCUAAUUUUGGACGUCCGGAGGAAACAGCAGCGAGUGUUGAAGAGGCCGAUGGACCCUACGUGCACUCCAAUCUGUUCCCCCCAGGAGAGAAAAUAAAUUAAAAACCAUUCAAUGGACUAUUUCUUUUGACAUGGACUGAUGUCAAAAAUCAUUCAAAGUGACAAUUCACACGGUGAAAUCCAGAAAAAGAGAAAGAAAAAAAGUUUUUCAUCAUUGCAAGUAAUUUUCUAUAUUGUGUGAAUUUCUGUGAUGAAGAUUCCGUCUCACCAUGCUUCCUCUCACUGCGAUCGAAACGACGAGUUUGUUUUUAUUUUGACCUUUACACGCUCACAUCUUGCCUAAUAGAAAAUCUCUGUUUUUUUUUUUUGCAACCCCCGAUCAUGAUCCUGUACUGUACAUAUCAAACGCACCUGACCUGCCAUAAAACGCAAAGACUCAAAACAGAAAACAAAAAAGAAAAAGAUUCAAUCAGGAGAAGAAGUGACUACAGGGAGGAUCACACUGUUGGUACCUUCAGUUUUCUUCCCUUACUCUGUGAAACUACAAAUAAAACAACAACCUCCUACGUAGAGUCACACCAAAAGAAACAGGUUCUACUGUUUACAUCGCGUUCAUACAGCGCGUCCUCAUCCUCCUUCAUCUCCUGUGCACACGCUCGCACGGAGAGCGGCAGCGGCUCCCGAUGCGUCGGGACGCGUGUUUGAUAGCAUGCUGAGUGAGUGCUUAAUUUCACAGUGCUUUGAUUUGCUGCAAUUUACUGCAACUCUGUUUGGUGAGAGCUUGAGUUUGACACACUUUACAGAGUAUAAUGUGGCUGCAUUAUAUUCACCCUUUCUUCUUCUUCUUCCAGUUUUUAUUUUUUUUCCUUUUGGAGAUUUUAUGUUGAAAGUAUUAAAGUUUUGAUACCACACACACACUCACACAAACACGCCGUCAUGAAUAGACUUUACAAUCAGGCAUUUGUUCAAGGAAAACAAGAAUGCUAUGUGUUAUAUUUUUGCAAUGUCUGUAUGGAUGUUAUUGAAAUGUUAUUGUUACCACUUUUAUUUUCCUGCACUGAGUCUACUGUUUGACUCCAAAAAAAAAAAAAAAACACUCUGGAUCUUCCAUCAACGCUUAGAAGUUUAUUUUUUAAAACAUGAUACAUGUUGGUGCCCUCAACCAUGUAGAUAAACCGAGCAGGCUUUGUUUUUCAUUUUGCAGACGGUAUAUGCAUUGUUCUGUCUGUGUGUCUAUGACCAGGAGCUGUCCAUCAUUGUGUCAUCGUUGGUAUCCUGGUGUAAUGGUUGUGGUGGGAAACAUGGAGUUUGUAGCAUUUCAGUGAUUCCCUGGAGAUGGUGGGUUUAUGUACACAGCCAUUAACUGAUACCAGCGGCGCAGAGCUCCCCGACCUGACAGGCAGACACGGACGUCCAGCUGUGAGCCAUCGGUAAGAAGCGUCCGGUCACAGCGGGGCGGCUGCACCCCGAUCACAGCCGCUCUGUCCGGGGCGCUGAUUCCCCUCUCACUCCCCUUGAUCACAAACACACACACACACACACACACACGCCUGCCCACCACCUGUCCGCCGCUCUCACUGAUCUCACCACUGUCGGACUUCUGCAGUUGUCUCGCUCCGUCUCGGCGAGUUUCAAAGCAUCUGCAGCAGCGGGCGAGCUGACAUUCAUCAGUGCAGCAGUUGUGUGUUGUCUCGUCUUUAAAAAGACUCCUGCAGACCGGACAAUGCUUCCAUUUUUUGAACCAAAUCCUCAGAGUUUUUUGUGGCUUCAGCACCAAAAAACCCUGGUUAAAAAAAAAAAAAAAAAAAGAGAAAGAAAGAAAGUGAGAAACCUCAGUUACUGCAGUCUUGUCAUCCUACUUUUUAUUAUCCCUGGCUGUCCAGAGAAUUCAAAGCCAGAGAUGGAGAGAUUUUUCUCUUCUUUUUCUGCUCCAUAAUCCCCUCCUCGGUUAUUUUCAUCUGCACUGACACAUCAGAAAGAAUUUUUGUAACAUAUGAGGCUGGAGGAGGAGAAUCAUGAGCUGUUAGUCAUAGCUGAGAGACGAACGAGGAGUGACUCUGUGACCUAAAUGCCACUGAUGCCAACAUGCAGUUUGCUUUUUUCAACUAAGCUCAACACUGUCUUCCCUUUUCCAUUUCUUAAUACUUAACAGCUCAUCAGUUUUAUGUCUUAUGCGAGGCCGAGGCUGUACCUCUCGUCACGGCGCUGGGAAUACUCCUUCGUCAGGAAAAACACUUAAAGAAAUUAAUCUCAAGUAUACACAGGGAUUGUGAGUUUCUGCUCCAGCCCCAUUAAAGCUCGUUCAGACGCUUGUCCACGCACGCUGCCAAGAGUUUGAGUUAUUAAUCGAGCAAUUAUCCUUGAACUCAGAUACAAGGAAGUACCUCAAACUGGGUGGGCAGACACUGUUGGACAUAAAAUCCUGCAGAAGUUCAGUCAAUGCUGCAUCCAGUCCGUGCUCUCAGACAGUGUUAGUUUGUUGGUUUUUUUUAAAUUUCAUCUGAAGGAGUUUGAAAAGGGUUUGAAGCACCGCAUGAAGUAUUUAUUUAUCUCCUGAUUUUCUCGGCACAGAAAGAGAAAGAGGGUGUAUUGUUGAAGUUCAAGCUGAGCAGUUACAUCAGGAGGAGAAAUUGACGCACUUAUGUCGAGUGUCUCAAGUGGUUCUGGAUCACUUUCUAACAGGAGACUGGCUGCUUUCUUCACACCAAACAGAGCCCCGUUGUCCAACAUUUUACUAUAAAAAAUGUAUAGUAUUAAGUUCACACUUCAUCUGAAUCCAGUUUUUAAUUUGGGCGUAUUUCAAAAAGAUACACUGCGAUUAUUCCUUUAUAAACUCUCUGAAAUUAGUCUCAAAUGUUUCAUUUAAGCAAAAUUCCCAUGACCACUGUCAAUGGUUUCCACGGGACAUUGGUGCAGUUGGACAUACUGUACAGUAUAUGAAUAUUGUAUUUCUGGGACUCAAGAUUAGUAUUUAUAGAAAGUAAUUUUUUGCCCUUUUAUGUCGCCUCCCCUUCUAGAGCAACUUCGUUCAUUUCCCAGAGAGAAGAAGUAUUAUUUAACUUUUUUUCAGAUGCAGUUUUAAUGGGAAGUUUUACGGCACCAAAAAUAUGCCACCCACACACUCCAGCCUCUUAAGUAAAAUAACUUUUUUACAGCUUUCCUCUGGAAAUUGUAGUAGAUGCAUUGCGGUUUGUGACAGUCCUAUUGGUUUCACACAACAUUUGAGUACUCCAUCUUUAAGCAAAACACUCUGUACUUUCUCCUCUUACAUCAGUGAAACAGGGAA